UAGAAAAAGAGAGUAACAAUAUUAGAAAAAGGGUUUGAAUAUGGAGAAUGUUGUGAACACUAAUUCUCCUUCUGCACUCGAGUUAGAACAAGAGCGAAUACCAACAACAACACCCUCUCCUUCUAAUGAAAUUUCAUCUAGAUCAGAAGUAGGAGGAUGGAGAUCCGUUAAAUUUAUCAUUGGUAACGAGUCAUUUGAGAAAUUGGCAUCCAUGAGUUUGAUAUCAAAUCUAACAAUGUACCUUCUCACGAAUUACAACCUUAGUGGUUUAUUCGUAGUUAAUGUUGUCCAAAUUUGGAACGGAUCUUCCAACAUUGCAUCAAUAGUUGGUGCUUUUAUUUCCGAUACUUAUUUGGGCAGGUUCCGGACCCUCCUUUAUGGCUCAAUUUCUUCACUUUUGGGGAUAAUGAUCAUGACACUAACAGCUGGUAUACAUCAAUUGAGACCAAUUACAUGCAAAGACAAAGAUAGACCUCAUUGUCAACAUCCACAAGAUUGGCAGCUAGGUGUUCUAUUUGCAAGUCUUGGACUGUUAUCCAUUGGUGCUGGUGGUAUUAGGCCUUGCAACAUUGCUUUUGGUGCUGAUCAGUUUGACACAACUACAGAAAAGGGAAAGGGACAAUUAGAGAGCUUCUUUAAUUGGUGGUACUUCACUUUCACUAUUGCACUUGUUGUAGCACUCACUGGUGUUGUCUAUAUUCAAACCAAUAUCAGUUGGACCUUAGGAUUCGCGAUACCGACAGUCUGUCUCGCUUUCUCAAUAACUAUUUUUCUGCUAGGCCGUCACACUUACAUUUACAAAAAACCUCAGGGAAGCAUCUUUACAGACAUGGCAAAGGUGAUUGCAGCCGCGUAUAGAAAACGUCGGCUUCAGCCUUCUGAUAGAAGUUUUUAUGAACCUGCUUCUACAUUUGAGGACAACAUUAGGCUAGUUCAGACAAAUAGGUUCAAGUUCUUAGAUAAGGCUGCUAUAAUAGCUGAUCCAAGUGAAUUGAACAAUCAAGGGAUUGCAAAAAAUGGUUGGAGACUUUGUAGUUUGCAACAAGUGGAACACCUCAAAUGCUUGAUUGGAAUUCUACCAAUUUGGGUGACAGGAAUUUGUUGUUUCAUUGUAAUGGAUCAACAAAACACAUUUGGUGUGCUUCAAGUUAUACAGACUGAUAGGUCUAUUGGACCUCACUUUAAGAUUCCACCAGGGUGGAUGAAUUUGACAUCAAUGAUAGCUCUUUCAUUUUGGAUUUACAUUUAUGAGUGUAUCUAUAUUCCUCUAAUGAAGAGAAUCAACAAAAGGGCUACAAGAAUGUCCAUGGUGCAUAGAAUCAGAAUAGGGAUUAUAUUAUCCAUUUUAUGCAUGUUGGUAGCAGCAAUAAUUGAGAAGAAGCGUCGCGACUCGGCCUUGAGACAAAGCUCGUUUAUUUCGCCUGUGAGCUUCGGUUUACUCUUGCCACAAUAUGCACUGUCAGGUCUAAAUGAAGCAUUUGCUGCUGUUGCUAUAAUGGAAUUCUUUACCUUACAAUUGCCAGAGUCUAUGAGGACUGUUGCUGGUGCAAUUUUCUUUCUAAGUUUGUCCAUUGCAAACUACUUAGGUUCCUUAAUUGUCAUGAUUGUUCAUAAAGCAUCAAAUACAGCCAAAAUACCAUGGUUAGGUGGUCCUGAUUUAAAUCACAAUAGACUUGAUUACUAUUAUUAUGUAAUUGCUACCCUUGGAGCUUUGAAUUUUAUCUAUUUUCAUUUCUUUGCUAGCAAUUACUUGAUAUGCAACAAGGGAAAUGAGACAGUUGAGGAGCAACAAGGGAAUUCAAUUGCUGGUUUCAAGGGUGAAUCAUUUGAACAAGAUGAUGAAGAGAAGGUAUAUUAGGCACUAGAUGAAGGGAAACUUGAUCAUACUCUCAUAUGAUGCUAAAGUUUAAAAAUUCCAUAAACUCUACUUCUUUGGAGCUAUGCAUUUACUUAUUGUUAAAUAUAUAUAUUUUUUCAUUAGAGAAGCUCCAUUCUAUUCAGUUUUGGUCUUCUUGUAUAUGGUUAAAAAUCUUUUUUGCCUUGAACACUUUAUGUGACUGUUAGAUGGUAAAUAUUAGUUUAGAGAUUAAAUUUGGUUA